CAUUCUGUACCUAUAUAAUCCCCUCUAACCUGCCCAAGUUCAGCACCCAUUUUCCUCAACUAUUCAGAGUCAUUUUCUCUCGCAGAGCAUACAUUGUAAGUCACUUUUCUUCUUGCUUGAUUUCUUGCAUCUUGGAUUAAAUGUUUUUAUUUUAUUACGUAUGUACUUGAUCAGCAUCUGUUAGUUGCAUUUUUUUAAUUAACAGAAGCUGGGCUGUAUAGAUAUAUUCUUAAACAUUCAUAACAUACUCUGUAGAUUUCCAUUUUUAAGAUCUCAAUAUCAUAUUAAAGUAUAUUGGGAGGUAUAAAAAUCAAAUCUUGGGCACAAAUCAGCUCAAAGAACUGAUUUUUAGAAUAAAGAAUUAACCUGCUCUUUAGUUUGGUUGAGCCUUGUUUGAGGGCUGGUUAAAGAUUUUCUCUUCUUUGACUGCAUUUUGAAAAAAAAUGAACACUGGGAGCUGUUUUGGAAUUUCCAGUGUGAGGCCCUGUUGUAGUGUAUUGAUUUUGGGCAGAAAUUCAUCUUUUUUAUGCCCACUUGUGAAAUUUGGUCAUUUUACCAACAUUAAUUCGUCGAUAUCACAAAUGAUUGGUGCAACGGAAGCAAAUUGUUUAAAUAAAAACAAUGAGUUAGGAUUUAGGAGUGUGGUAGACCCAAACCGGAGGUUUUUUUGUAGCUCCGGUUCAAAUUGGGUUCGAUCUAGGGUUUUCCCUUCUAAUGAGAUUGGGAAGAACUGUAAAUUUAGAAAUGUAAUAGCAAAUGUAGGAUCUAACAUAAGGGGCCACUCGAAUUCCGUUGAGUCCCGUGUAAAAGGGAAUAGCUUUGAGAAGAUAUACAUACAAGGUGGUUUCAGUGUGAAGCCCUUGAUCACCGAAAGGGAAGAAAGCACCCGAAAAGACUCGGCUAGAAAAGAUGAAAGGAAAGAAAAAAAGUAUAAUGUGAAUGGAGAUAAUGGUUCAUAUGAAAAUAUCCAUCAGUUGAAUAAAGAGAGUGAAAUUUCGAGGUUGGCUGUUGGGAAAAAUGUGUCGGAGAUUGAAAAAGAGGCGUGGGAUUUGCUUCGAGCGGCUGUCGUUAACUAUUGUGGGAAGCCUGUGGGGACUGUGGCUGCUGCUAAUGAUCCAGCUGAUAAGCAACCGUUAAAUUAUGAUCAAGUCUUUAUUCGCGAUUUUGUUCCAUCUGCUCUUGCCUUCUUGCUCAAUGGAGAGGGAGAGAUAGUGAGGAACUUUUUGCUCCAUACUCUACAGCUACAGAGUUGGGAAAAGACUGUAGAUUGCUAUAGUCCCGGGCAAGGAUUAAUGCCGGCAAGUUUCAAGAUUAGAAGCAUGCCCCUCGAAGGGCGAGAUGGGGAAUUUGAGGAUGUUUUAGAUCCGGAUUUUGGCGAAGCAGCUAUUGGACGAGUAGCGCCCGUUGAUUCAGGGCUGUGGUGGAUUAUUUUAUUGAGAGCCUAUGGAAAAAUCACUGGUGACUACAGUUUGCAAGAGAGAGUGGACGUGCAGACAGGGAUUCGAUUGAUAUUAAAUUUAUGCCUAACAGAUGGUUUUGACAUGUUUCCUACUCUGCUGGUGACUGAUGGUUCUUGCAUGAUUGACCGUAGGAUGGGAAUUCAUGGACACCCUCUCGAGAUUCAAGCUCUGUUCUACUCGGCCUUGCGCUGCUCUGGCGAGAUGCUCACGGUCAACGACUCGACAAAAGACCUAAUCUUGGCCCUCAAAAACCGGCUCAGCGCCCUCUUAUUCCACAUACGAGAAUACUAUUGGGUGGAGGCAAACAAAAUAAACGAGAUUUACCGUUACAAAACCGAGGAAUACUCAACAGAGGCUGCAAACAAGUUCAACAUCUAUCCGGACCAGAUUCCAGGCUGGCUCAUGGACUGGAUUCCUGAGUCAGGUGGAUAUUUCAUGGGAAACUUGCAGCCAGCUCACAUGGACUUCAGAUUCUUUACACUCGGGAAUAUUUGGUCGGUGGUUUCAUCUCUGGGCACGCAUGAACAGAAUGAAGGGAUUAUGAGUUUGGUCGAGGAGAAGUGGGAUGAUUUAGUCGGGCGAAUGCCGAUCAAGAUUUGUUACCCGGCUUUGGAAAACGAGGAGUGGCGGAUAAUUGUGGGUGGUGACCCUAAGAAUACGCCGUGGUCUUAUCACAAUGGUGGGUCGUGGCCGACGCUUUUGUGGCAGUUCACGUUGGCAUGCAUUAAGAUGGGAAAACUGGAUCUGGCCCAAAAAGCAUUGGGCUUAGCUGAGAAAAGGCUUUCGGUUGAUCAGUGGCCCGAAUACUAUGACACCAGGCAUGGGAGGUUUGUGGGGAAACAGGCCCGGCUUUACCAGACAUGGACAAUUGCUGGCUACUUGACCUCAAAACUGCUGUUAGAAAACCCAGAAAAGGCGUCUAAAUUGUUUUGGGAUGAGGAUUAUGAGGUGCUCGGGAAUUGUGUGUGCGGGUUCAUUCUUGUGAAAUUGGAAUUUCAUAUAUUCUCAUUAGUCCCAGAAGAUUGUACAAACUGCCUGAAAGUAGAUUGGGUUGAACUUGGAGCGGUUGGGGUUGUAGUGGUGCGAUUUGGACGAGGUAUCGACGAGGCGGAAGGAGGCGUCCUCGUCGGCAGCGAGGUGGCGAACGAGUUGUCGCCGGAGAAAUUGAAGGCGGAGUCGGAGAUGUGGAGAUUUUGGGGGAGAUUUCGGAGCGCUUUUUGCAGAUUUGCAGAGAUGGGGCGGUGGGGGUUUUUGGUUGGAGAAUUCCUUUUUUGUUCCUAA